GCCCUGACAUUUUUAUCAAUAUUAGGUUAGUUUAAAAAAAUAUAAAGAAAAGUAUGCAAGUGCAAGUGCAGGUGCAGGUGCAGGUGCAGGUGCAAGAGCAAGAGGUCACCCAUUUCAUUAAUACAUCUCCUCAACGCGGUAAGCCCAUAUCAAACCCAAUUUUCUUCUUCUCUCUCUCCCUUGAGGCUUGAGUCCCUACUAUACUCGCUUCACCUCUCUUUCUCUGCCAGUGCCACCAUUUUCAUUCAUUUCUUCUUUCCCCAUUUCAAUCUCAUCCUUCUCUUGAAUCCCCUUGACCCCAGAUCAAUUGUCAAAAAUCCCAUCAAAACCCAUUUCUUGAAUCUUAAAAUCCCUAAAAAUGAGAAUUCGAAGAUCUACAAUUUCCCCAAUUUCUCAAUCUCCUCCAACUCCAUCUUCUUGUUCAUCAUCGUCCUCUUGUUUUUCAUCCUCAACAACACACUCCACAAUUUCAACUCAUUCUCUCAUUUCUUCCUCAAAUUCAACUUCUUCUUCCCAUUCUUCACUUUCACUCUCCUCAAAUCGUCGCUGUCAAGGCCUUGAUCUACUUGUUAAAGCUGUCUACUAUGUUGCUGGAUCAGUUGUGGGUGUUCCUUACAUUCAAAAGCGAGUUAUUCGUCGUAGAAAACCUGCUCUUAGUUUCACUAAUCUUGUCAUCAAUUCUGAUGAAUUUGAAGUUCAUCUAGAUGAUGAUGAUGAUGUUGAUUGUAAUUUGGUAGUCCAGAAGAAUAAGAUCAAGAAAAAGGGUAAUCUAAAUAAGCAGAAGAAAAGAUCAAAAGCUAUUCCUUUGAAAUACCAUGACUCUGUUUUGCAAUCAUUGAAACCUAAAGAUCGUCCAAGAAGAAGAUCAACUAAAAGUUAAGAUCUGGAAUUGUGAUAAACUUUCUGUGUUGAUGUUUAUACCAUAUUACUAUGCUCCUCUUGGAAAAGAAUCCACAUGUGAUCUCACAUCGAAGAAUUAGAGAGGUUGACUAACAUAUAUAUUUGAUGGGCUACUCUUACUAAUACCAAUCGGUUUCAGGAUGGAAUCUAAUCGGGUUUAUGUGUAGCCAACUAGCUUCUUAUGCGGGUCUUGUUGUGUACAAGCCUGUUAACAAAUUUUUCAGCUCCAUUACGCUCCACUGCAGACGUCCAUGGGAGCACCCGAGUUUCAACACCAUGUUUGAUGCUACCGUGGCUCAUGAUGGGGUUGCCAAAACGGAUGCUAGUUUGGUUGAAGUUUAUGAACGAAUGGCUCAUACCAUGUUCCAUAUGAAGUGAAGAAUAUGAAUGACAGGAUUGGUGAUCUUAGUGCUUCUGGAUCUGAAUUGCUAAAUGUGCAUACUUAAUAAACCCUUGUAUUUUACGCUUGUUUCGGUCGUUUUUGCAACAUUUACAUCCUUCAUCUCUUUGUC